CGUGAAGCCUUGCAACAAAACAUGACACUGAAAACCCCCCUACGGAACAAAACGAAAUGGCAUAAUGCACUUUGAAUCUCCGGAGAAACAAGCGUGUUGACAAAGCCUCUCCCCUCUCGCCUCAUCUCUCCCUCCUCUCUCUCUCUCUCUCUCGCUUUCCCUGUUCCUCACGCUUUCACAUCGAUGAACACGCUGUGUGAUGAUUGCUACAUGUGGGCAUCAGUAGAUGUCUACAUACAAGAAGAGAGACAAGCUAACCCUGUCGGAGAAAAGCGACAUCUCCAGGCUCAGUUAAAGGGCUGCCAUCUAUAACAGCAGUGCACUAUAAAGGCAAAGCAACCCUAGAGCUCAAUUGUUGUAUUCGUACGACACAAUCAUCUGGACGAGAUUGCCUUGCAAGGAAAUUCAGCCAUGAAAACUAGACUAGGGUGUCUGUCUAACAAGUCUGACUCAUGCAGCGAUUUUUCAGAAUUCUUACCCCCUACCCAAGAGAGGUCUACAAGAUAUUUAAAGCUGUCCAAUGAUGAAGUGUCCAGAUGGGCAGAGUCGUUUGAUGCGCUGCUGUCCAAUAAAUAUGGUAUGACAGCCUUCAGGACCUUCCUCAAAACAGAGUUUAGCGAUGAAAACAUUGAGUUCUGGUUGGCGUGUGAAGACUAUAAAAAGAUCAAAUCCCCUGCUAAAAUGAUGUCUAAGGCCAACAAGAUCUACAAAGAAUUUAUUGAAGUCCAUGCACCCAGAGAGGUGAACAUAGACCACAGAACCAGAGAGGAAACCAAACGGAAGCUUCUGGAGCCAACGUCCAACAGCCUGAAUGAAGUCCAAGCAAAAAUAUACAGCCUCAUGGAGAAAGACUCCUAUCCCCGGUUUAUACGAUCAAAGAUCUAUCAGGACUUACUGAACAGAACACAGAUGCACUGUCAGAGAAAAUCGGUUUAAAAUGAAUGUCUAUUAAAGACUUUUGGCUUGCCUGAUUAGUUGAUAUUGAGACAAAACACAGACUUUAUUUGAGGAGUUCAGAUGCAAAAGGUGCUAAAUGCCACCACCGCCAAAAAUAAGAUAAUGAUAUUAAAGGGAUAGUUCGGCCAAAAAUUAUAUUAAACCCAUGAUUUAGGGGCCAGUCACACCAAAAGCGCUUUAAACGCUUGCAAACGCAAGGCGUGACGCACUGCCUUUUUAAAAAAAAAGAGCAGUGCGGCGCAGCUUUUCAUAUCGCUAAGCAACCACCGAGUCAGCUGUCUUGUCAAACAAAUAUUAAAGCGUGAGCGCUCUUUUGUUGUUAACUGUCAUAUUAGCAGAAACUUUAAAAAGAGGGCGCUUGCUCUGACCUUGUUUGAGGAUGAGAGGUGCACAAUAGGGAUGCUCCGAUCGAUCGACCGAUAAUGCUUGCUAUGUUUCUCAAUGAAUUACGGUGAAAUGCCGCUACAUCCAAAAGCCAGGGGGCGCUCUCGUGCAGAAACUCGUGCAAAAUGCGCUGUAGACGAAGAACAAUACAAGAUUCAAGAGUUUUAUUUGUCACAUACACAGUUAUAUACAGAAUAUACAACCGGCAGUGAAAUGUAAAUAGGUCCGCUCCAUGGACAGUGCAACACACGCAGCUGUGAUGACACGCAGCUCCAUGAAAUGGCUGAAGGAUAUAUUUAUAUUGCUGUUCUUCAAACCUUUUCAGGUAUUUUCAUGAUAAUAAAGAAUAUGUUUAAUAAUUAUGUUUGACGAGUGUUGCUUUUUCAAAUGCAUGUUAUAAAUGACUCAAACUAACAGUGAUUUUAGAUCAAUAAGGACUUACUGAUCAAAAGCCGUAGUGCAUGAAAUGGAUGUAAUAAGAUCGGCUGUCCGAUUCAGAAUAGUGAUCGGCCACGUAUUAUUAGUGGAGAUCGGAAUUGAUCGGAGAAUCCCUAGUGCACAAACACGCAGGAGAGAGUGAGCGAGUGGAGUCCGGUUCUUCAAAGCAACUGUAAACUUCACUCACCACAACGUAAGGCCCGCCUCUCCCCUCAUUCGAUUGGACAAUGGAAAGACGCGAAUGACGUUGGGCGCUUCUCCGCUCUCAGCGCUCCUUCAAAAACGCGUGCGCGGCAGGCGGCAAAAAAACGCAAGUAAACAGCGCGCAAACGCGCCCUGCCCAUAGAAUAUCAUUCAAAAAAGGCGCCUGCAACUGCCAUAAACGCUUUUGGUGUGACUGGCCCCUUACUCACCCCGAAGCAGUCCAAUGUCCAUCAUUUUUCAGACGAACACAUUUUCAGUUAUUUUAAAAAUGUUUUAGAUCUUUCAGUUAAUCAAAUAUAAAGUUACAGAGUCCACGUCCUUCAAGUCCAAAAAAUGUGCAUCCAUCCUUCACAAAAUAAAUCCAAAUGGCUCCACGAUGAUUCUCAGGAUAAUCUGCUGCAUUUUGUUGUAGAAAUAUCCACAUUUAAAACUUUAUAAAUGAAAAUAACUAGCUUCUGGUAACGCCGCCUUCUUAGUCGGGUCCGCAUUAAUGAUGAGAGAGUAUGCAGUUUAUGGAGGUUUCUCUGCUGCUGCUCUGUGCCCCCGACCUCCCCAUUUGUCAUACGUCACUAAAAAAAGUGCGUACACUACGCUGAUACUCUCUCCUGAAUACAGAGGAGUUUAAUAUGGCGACAUUAUCGGAAGCUAGUUAUUUUAGUUUAUAAAGUUUUAAAUAUGGAUAUUUAUACAACAACACUGCACGGAUUACCCUCAGAAGACCUUUGUUUAACAUCCUGGAGCCGUUUGGAUUUCUUUGGGGAAGGAUAUAUGCAAACAUUUUUGGACUUGAAGGAGCUGGACCCCAUAACUUUACUGUUUAGCAGCUGGAAUAUACAGUAUAAGACAUUUUCUAAAAUAACUGACAAUGUGUUUGUCUGAAAAAUGAUGGACAUAUGCAUCUCGGACGGCUUUGGGGUGAGUAAAUCAUGGGUUUAAUAUCAUUUUUGGUCGAACUAUCCCUUUAACUGAAUGCUUUCGGCACGUAUUAUACGUUGAUCAAAUACUUUUGCUUAAUUCCAGCCUCAAGUCAUCCAAAAAUACCGGUUUGUUGGCAGAAUCCAUUAAGAGUCUGAUAAAUAUGCUCAUUUACAUGAGUAUCAGACUCCCUUAGUGAGUUUGCAUCUGAGCUCUUCAACUGUGAUAUAUAGCAUAGUCUGGGUGUUUGUAGAUACUUAAUGAGUAAUCAGAAAAAGAUUUGUUAAAAACAAACUAGUUCCUUACUAGUUUGUGCAUCUAAAGUAAAACAUGACCCUGUACUGUGGUCCACUCGUAACUUGUGACUCUCCCUUAUAAUUGUGAUAGAAUGGUCAAUGUUCUUUCUGAAUGCUGGCAAGCAUGAAAAUGUAAAUAUAGUCUCUACAUGGAUAAUAUGUUUUAGUAGAGAAUAAUAAUUUAUUUUUCUUAUCUUCAAUGUAUCUUACAUAUUUCAACUGAAUUGUUGUGUUACAUGGAUAGUUUACGCAAAAAUAAAAAAUCGAAAUAAUAUAAUUUAUCCACCUGUUUCUUGACGUAAAUGUGGGCGCCGCCAUCAUUGAGCUUUUCGGUUUAUGACUUCCGGUGAGCCACUAAAGCUAAUGGUAGUCUAUAGCGAAGGACACAAGUGUGCCGUUUUGACUUGCUGUUUAAUGUUUAUUAUGAAAUCCAAGAAGACCGACAUAAUUUGUGCAGUCAGGGGUUAAUACAAACGCAGUAAAUCUCUACAAAACAUUUGUUUUAACCUCACGCUCACCUGAUCAUGAUCUGUAUUUACAAAUCCAUCCAGUAAAACCUUUCAUAGAAACUACCUGUAAACAAUAAAUACUAGUGCUGGGCAAAGAUUAAUCGCGAUUAAUCGCAUACAAAAUAAAAGUGAUUUUUUUUGCAUAAUAUAUGUGCGUGUACUGUGUCUAAUUAUAAUGUAUAUUUAACCACACACACAUUUAUAUAUUCAUUUCAGAAUUGUUUUAUUUAUAUAUCAUUUUUUUAAUUUAUGUUUAAUAUAGAUUAUAUAAAAAUAUAAAUAAAUAUAUAUAAACAUGUAAAUGUUUCUUAAAUACAUACAUGAAUGUGUGUGUAUAUAUAUUCAUACAUAAUAAUUAGACACAGCACGCACUCUCAUAUUAUACCAAUAAUCACUUUUGUUUUGUAUGCGAUUAAUCGCGAUUAAUCUUUGCCCAGCACUAAUAAAUACAAUAAUUGUUUAAAAACAACUAAUAUUAUGCUGAUAAAAAUAUGCUGAUUUAUUUAUUCUGCUAUUAUAUAUUAUUACAAAAAUGCAAUUACAGUACAGAAAAUAUAUAAUCUGCUAGUUAAUGUUUAUAAUAGUUCUUAAUGUGUUUGCGCGUACUUUUAAAUGAAAAAGCAAAUACUUUAUAAAGUAAGCAAAUAAUUUCCUAAGCUCAUGUCUCCACCUAGUGCGUAAGAAGCUAUGUAAUGAUAUUUUCAUAAAACGAAAACAAUACUCAAUACAUGUAGUAGUUUAAUAUUUUUUUUUUGUUCAAAUAGUUUACAAUCUGUUGAAUGAUACUGCUGACCACGAGAAGCUUGACGUGUCGCCAUAAAGAAGUCCACCAGAGGGACAGUUGUGACAUUUUAAACCAGCCCCUGAAAAGUUAAAAACACAGUCUUGGUAAAUUCCAUGUACAAACACUCAACUGACUUUCCCAUUGUAAAGAUACCGGUAUGUCUUUGUGCUUUUAUAUUUGCGCAUUGAAGACCCGUCACCUCCGAUCAACAACACGAAAUGAUUGAAUAUAUCUUCAUAUAUCAAGACACUUCUUAUUUUCAUCCUCACAUUGUUCAUACAUGGCAGGUGUAGUAAAUAUUUACUGUUUAAAUUAUGUUUUAUGCGUGCUCCCACUACACUGUUUUUUACCGGCUGGCUAUUGAAACGGAAGUCUUGGACUGGAAAGGAAAUAUGUUACAUCACUUACUUCCGCGUUCGAGAAAUAGGUGGAUAAUAUAAUUUAUUUGUUCUGCUGAACUCAAAUUAAGAUAUUUUUAGUAAAGCAGGAAACAGAAGCACCAUUGACAUCCAUAGUAGGAAAAAUAAGUAAAUAGUGCUCAAAAAUGGUUUGGUUACAAACUUUUCUUAAAAUAUCUUCUUUUGUGUUCAGCAGAACAAAUAAAUUAAUCCAGGUUUGUAACAACAUGAGGGUGAGUAAAUGAUGACAAAAGAUUUAAAUUUUUGGGUGAACUAUCCCUUUAAGACUGUCAACCCAUGAUAUGCCUACUGUGUUACUGCAUGCAGUCCUGGAUUACACACACGGCCCAAACACUAUUCUGAUUGGCUGAGAUUUGUAAUCGAUUGUGUCGCAUCACAACUUGCUUGCCACUGGAAUAUUGUCGGUGUAAUACUUAAUAAACUCCAAUAAAUAAA